UUAACAAUGCGCUUUUCCUGCCAUGGCGUUAACUAUUGAACCUUUUAUUUAACCGCAGUGAUUAAUGGAUUAUGUGCUCAGUGUUUGAUUAGAUAAGACAGUCAUUUCACUUACUCGUAAACUUAAUUAAAAAAAAAAAAAUCGUGGCCGCUACCAAAAGCCUGGUCUUCGCUGCUGCAUUUUUAAAAAUAAAUAAUUAAAUAAAAUCUAAACACUGUAAAGAUUCAACUUUUAGAAAUGUGAAUUAUCUGCAACACAAGAACAACUUGUUUUGACAUUACGCAGCAAAUGAGCUUUUCAGGGUUUAAGCUUAUAUAAAUUGAUGUAAGUGAACAGAAGUGAGGUGCCCCAACACAUAGCCCACAUGUUUGAAUUUCUUUUAUAUUACCGAGAUGCAGACGGAGCGUGCAAAGAGGAUGGACCCUGCAGGAGAAGAAGCGUCCCUGAAUUCACCUGAGCUGCCCUGGAACCAGCUCUAUUUGAAGAGAAGGACCGAGUCCAGGAUCCAGUUAAGGAGGAGAGUGUUCUUCACUGGCCCUGCUGCUGCUGCUGUUACCGGGGUAUUGGCAAUCCUCAUACUGGCUGCUGGCAGUGUGAGAAGCGACAGUGAGUUUGUGACAGUCCCGAUCUCAGUGAACUGUACUGAGGGGCAGGACUGUAUCCUGAGCUGCACCUUCUACUACACAGCCUGGGAUGAGACGUCAGGUGUGAUCUGGAGAAGAGCAGAAACGGAUCACAUCGUUCACAGUUACUAUAAGAAUACAGACCAGCUUGCCCAUCAGCUCCCUCAGUAUGUGAACAGGACCAGUCUGUUUGAUUCUGAGCUGCAGCGUGGGAACGCUUCUCUACUGCUGAGGAGAGUCAGGGAGGAAGACGCUGGGAAAUACAAGUGCUCUGUUUCCACUCCCAGACUGUCCGGGUCGGGCCUGACUGAGGUAGUCGUGGUUCCGGCUCCACCCACAACAGCACCAGCUCAUGUGACAGUCCCGAGCUCUGACCGACACGCCUGGUGGGGUUUAGGAGCAGUUCUUCUUUGUGUGAUUGCAGGGCUCUGUGUCGGUCUGUGGCUCUAUAAAAUACGCGCGGGUCACAGGUGGAAGUACAACAAGGCUUCUAGUCCAGCACAGGCAGUGCCGUUAUCAGACGUGAUCGAGGAGCCCAGUGAAGUCAGACCGCUCCCCUGCACUGCUCAAUUUACCCAGUUUAAUACAAGCUCCCAAAACGAAAUAGUCACUUUGAAUUAGGAAACGUGAUCAGUGUUGAAGAGAAGUUUUUUAAAUCGCAUUGUUUCCGAGACAAUUGAACUAUAAUCUGUACUCUCGUUGUCUUUGCACGAUAUCAGAACACUCCAGCAAAUAGAUACAGUAGUUUAUUCAAAAUGACAUUAACCUCUUCAGCUCCAGGAUGCACAUCAAAGGAAAGAGCACUUGCAUUACCAUGCUUUUAAAAUUAACUAUAAAAGCAAUAAGUAUUAUCUUUAUCAAAACAUAUGUUAUUUAUUGUUCAGCCUGAAACUUGUACAUUGAUAAGCAUGAACAAACCAUGGAAAAUGAACCAGCAAAGCAUCUUCAUUGCAAAACAACCUCAUGAAAUACUGUUAAUAGGAAAAUAAGGAAACUGUGUAAAUAUGAAGAAAUAAGUUUAUACUGUGGGCUCACAACACACUCAAAAUGCUUAAACUGGUAAAGCCAUAAAUAUUUUCAAGCCUUAGAAAACUUGCAACAAUAUUUCACAGUGUAACUCUAUAUAACUGUUUAUUGUUCAUAAAAAUUACACAUGUAUAUUUAACCUUUUACAAAAAUGUUUUUUAUGCAUAAUUUUGUAUGUGGUUUACAUUAAAAAUAUAUAUAUAUAUUUCUGUUAUAUAUAUAUAUAUAUAUAAAAUAUUUUUUUGCAGUGUACAUUUUUCUAACUAACAUAUAGAUAUAUAAUGUAUGUCUGUUUUGUUCUACAAAAUAAAAUGUAAAAAAAAGAUAAAACGUUUCUGUCUGUCUUGCUUUAUUGAAUAUGACUAUCGAGCACACAGGAGCCUAAAGGGUUAAUAAAAUGUUAUA